CUCACUUGCUAUUGGCCCUCGCUGAUGUCAGUCAAGCUCCUUCCGGCUUCACGGUACGGUUUGUUGUUGAAGCGAAGCUCCUUUAAAUGUGAAGGGAAAUGUUGACGGUCUCUGAAGUUGGAAAAUGACGGUUUAAAUCCUCUGUGAGCCAGUUACAUUUAAAGACACAGAGAAGAUGUCAGGGGCUCAUCCGCAGACUAGGAAGCGACGCCCCCUCAAAAUGUUCUUGAUUUCGACCGACCUCAAGGUCCAGGACCAGCUGGAAGGUACCAUUCGGCUGCAGCGGGGGUUCAUGUGCCAGGAACAGGAUUCGGGCAACACCAGAGGGGACUGCCCAUGGGUCAAGGUGUUAGACAAUGGUGCCAUGGUAAGAAUAGAGAGGAAGUUCCUGCUGGACAUCCCGAGUGACUUCAGCGGCCUGUUGGAGCCUGUAUCUGAUCGGGAGGCUCGCCUAAAACUUCUAAGCAAUCCCGGGAAGUUGCAGCAGUUGGCUUCUUUGCCGGACGAAGCUCCACUGUGGGUCCAAAUAGGACAACAGGACGAGCUGGCGGAGGCGGAGCUGAAAUACAUCGGGCCGCUGCCCGGAGGGAGCAGCGCCGUGUAUUUUGGGGUACAACUGAAGGGUUCAGCAGCAGGUAAAGGAACAGGCAACGGCUCCUAUAAGGGCCACCGGCUCUUCAGCUGCCCUGACGCCUGCGCCCUCUUCCUCCCGGUCAGUGACAUCCGGCUCCGCCACUGGUCCAGCAGCAAGGGCUCCGACGCUCACGAGCGACCGCGCGAGCGAGACCACCACCGCAGGAGCGACAGUCACCCCAGCAACGGGCACCACAGCAGCGGCAGCCGCCCGAAUCACCAUCAGCAGCACGGCCGUCACAUCAGCUUCCGCCAGCACCGUCCCAGCAGCCCUCCUCAGCCGCAGGCUUUCGGUAUCCUCCCUCGAACGGCGGAGUCGGCGCCCAUCACAGCUCAAAACCAGAUCCAAGUCCGAGGCCCCGUGUCGCCUCCGCCGUUCCAUGUCGGACAGCGGGUGUGUUUCCCACAGGACGACACCGUCCACAGCGGGGAGGUGCGCUUCUGUGGGGCCCUGCCUGGCCGGUCCUCGUCAGGGAUGUACGUCGGCGUCCUGCUGGACGCUCCUGUUGGAAACUGGGAUGGACUUUACAAAGGAGAGAGGCUCUGUCACAUUCCUUCCUCUAUCUAUGGAGCACUACUGCCAAUCAACAGGGUUUCCUCAGAGCCAAAAUCCCACCGUCACAACCCUCCUCACCACUUACCCAGGUCCAUCCUGAAGCCAGCACCGCCCCCCUUCACUAAACCAGGCCCCGCUUCACCACCCGUCUCUGCUCCCAAGGUCGCCUUGAUGCCUCCCACCAAACAAGCACUUAAACCUCCCCCGCUGCCGCCACCGAAACCCACCCAGAAAGCCAUGUCUCCCCCUCCUCUCCCGCCUCCAAAGCCCUGCAGUCCGACGUCACCCACCGCUACGGAGCAACAGCUGCUGCACACCAACGGCGUCCACGGCCCUCCCUCCCCGCUGAGGUCUCCGGAUUACCUCGAAGCCGCGGGGGAGAACGGGGAGGCGGGACUUGAGGGCGAGCUGGAGGUGGGCUCGAUGGUCGAAGUGAACGACCCGCCCAUUUUUGGAGUCAUAUGCUGGAUUGGACGAAUCAACGGGAUCAAUGAACCAGUGGCAGGAAUUGAGCUGGAUCAGGAGCUGUCUGCAGGAACAGACGGCAGUUACCUCGGUGAACGUCACUUCCGCUGUCCGGCCAACAAGGGGCUGUUUGUCAAGCUUCGCAACUGUAGGAGGGACUCCAGGUUCCCUGCUCCUGAGACACGCGUCAAUCAAGUGGAGCGGUGCAACUCCAUCGCCUUUGCAGAGUGGGGCAGUGAGCGCGUGGAGGAGCACACUCCUCCCGUGGACGGAGACCAGGCCAGAGAGCUCUACCAGGGCUGGAAGAGAGGCAUCCAGGGUCACCUCAACUCCUGCUACCUGGACGCUACGCUGUUCAGUCUGUUCUCCUGCUGUAGCUCAGCAGACUGGGUGUUGUUUUGGCCGUCUGACCCUGAAACUGACCAAGACUCCAGUCAGGCUCAAGGCCUGCUGCGCUGCGAGAUAGUCAACCCUCUUCGAAGGUACGGCUACGUGUGCGCCAGUAAGACCAUGGCCCUGAGACGACUGCUGGAGGCUGCCAACAGCGACACCGGCUUCACCAACCAGGAGAAAGAUCCUGAAGAGUUCCUCAACAAGCUUUUCCAGCUCCUCCGAGUCGAGCCACUCCUCAAGAUCAGAUCGAUGACUCACGAGCCUCAGGAGUGUCACCUCUACCAGCUCUUCCCCCCCGCACUCCCCCCUUCCCCGUCCUCGCCCUCCCCCCACUCGCCGGUCGACUCCCCCAUCCCUCUCUCCUUGCCGUCAUCCAGUCGGAUGAGAGUCGCCAGCGUCCAGGCCCUGCUGGAGUCCUCCUUCCUGCACGCCGGCCUCAAGUUUGUCGAGGCUCCUUCCUGCCUCCUGCUGCUCAUGCCCAGGUUUGGGAAGGACUUCAAAAUGUACGACGCCAUCUUGCCCACCCUCAGCCUGGACAUCACAGACCUGCUGGAUGACACUCUGAGGCAGUGCAGCAUCUGUCAGGCUGUGGCUGAGUGGGAGUGUCUGCAGUGCUACGAAGACCCAGACAUCACUCCGGGUCAUCUCAAACAGUACUGCCCAACCUGCAACACCCAGGUCCACAGUCACAGGAAGCGAGCGUCCCACAGCCCCGUGAAGGUCGGUGUUCCCGGGGGCCCGUGGACUGGCUCUCUGCACUGCACCCGCCAGCGAAUGUCUCUCUUUGCUGUGACGUGCAUCGAGACCAGCCAUUACGUGAGCUUCGUCAAGCACGGGCCCCUCCCCACCGACUGGCUGUUUUUUGACAGUAUGGCAGACCGGGAAGGUGGCGAGAACGGCUUCAACGUCCCCCGGGUGAAGGCGUGUCCCGAGGUGGGUCGCUACCUCAGCCUGUCGGAGGAGGAGCUGAGCAGAGUGGACGCCGCCUCGUUACAGGAAGCCACCCGCCGCCUGCUCUGCGACUCCUACAUGUGUCUGUACCACAGCCCUGAGCUCAGCCUGUACAAGUGACAUGGACACUCAGCGCAGACACACACAUGCUGUAAAACAGACACACCGUCCUCAGGUUAUUUAGUCUCACAUAACUAAAGAAAACACUGCAAUAUGCUGACUCUGAGAAGACUUCUUCUGCCCAGGAGCACUGCAGCUUGGACCGGACCAAAUCAAGCUUCAGAAUUACAGAACGUCUUCAGACAAUCAGGAGACUUUACAUGAGAACAGCAGAGUGACCCACACUGUCUACUUUGCCUAAUGAACAAAUUGCCUGUGUUUAAUUGUUAGUUAAAGAGCUGUGUUCACUCAUGGACUUGGUGGGAAGUUAGUCCGUACUGAUCUUCACACCGGAGUUUACCUGUGCCUUAUUAAUGCUCACACACUGUGCAGAACCACUGUGCUUAUAACCUAUAACACACGUACACUUUACAAUUCAAUUUGCACUGCUUCGUUUACAGCUCAGUGUGUGUAUAUAAUAGAUUUGCCUUAAACUGACUGUAAAGAUUGCACUCAGAUGUUUAAACUUUUGUAAUGGUCGCUGGAUGUUUUAAUAUAAAACAGUUGCAAACAAUAAGGAAAAUGUCACAGAUAAUAAAAGAUUUGAUACUCUUA